AUGCCCGGUACGCGCGAAAGAGAUCAAGAAGACAUCAGAGCUGUCUUCGCCGUGCAAUACAAUUCAGUCCCUCGCUAUUAUAUACCGGUCUAUUCAGGACAAUAUACAGGUUGA